CGAGACAUCGAAGCGACACGCGACCUGAUGCUACGUGGACUUGCUAGACUCAGUACACUUUCAAGAGGCAUCACUGCCGGAAGAUUGUUCCACGCUUCGGCAAUUAGAAAAUAUCCUAUCGAUAUGGAGAAAGUCAACACAAGCGAGCGACUCGCGCAGUUGCGAGAGCUCAUGGAGCGCAACAAGGUAGAUAUCUACAUUGUGCCUUCCGAAGACAGUCACCAAAGCGAGUACAUAGCUCCUGCCGAUGCUCGUAGAGAAUUCAUCUCUGGCUUUUCUGGCUCCGCUGGAACUGCUGUAAUCACCCAGGAGAAGGCCGCCUUGGCUACUGAUGGAAGAUAUUUCAACCAGGCCGAAAAGCAACUCGACAGCAACUGGACUUUGCUCAAACAAGGUCUCCAAGAUGUACCCACCUGGCAGGAGUGGUCCGCCGAGCAGUCUGAAGGUGGCAAGAUCCUUUGCGAUAAGAUUAAGAAGAAGGGCGGCCAGGACCUCAUCGCUGUCAAAGAGAACCUCGUCGACUCGGUUUGGGGCUCCGCAAGACCUGCCAGACCGAAUGAAAAGGCCGAUGUCCUCACGCUCGACUUUGCCGGCAAGAAAUUCCAGGACAAGAUUGACGAUCUGCGCAAGGAUCUGGAUAAGAAAAAGGGCGCCAGUUUUGUCGUGUCUAUGCUUGAUGAGGUUGCCUGGCUAUACAACCUACGUGGAAGUGACAUCCCCUACAAUCCCGUCUUCUUCUCUUACGCCGUUGUCACUCCAACUACCAGUACCCUCUACAUCGACGACUCGAAGCUCACUGCUGCCGCAAAGACACAUCUCUCGGGUGUUGAGGUCCGACCCUACGAUGCCAUUUUCACCGACAUGGAAGCCUUCUCAGCAGCCUCUGACGGAGAGAAAAAAUAUCUCGUUUCCAACAAGGCUUCUUGGGCUUUGUACCAAGCACUCGGUGGAGAAGAUAAGGUCGACUUAAUACGCAGUUUGGUUGGCGAUGCCAAAGCUGUCAAGAAUGAAACCGAGAUGAAGGGUAUGCGGGAAUGCCAUAUCCGUGAUGGUGCUGCGCUGAGCGAGUAUUUCGCAUGGCUCGAAGACCAGCUUGUCAACGAAAAGGCCAAGAUUGACGAAGUCGAGGCUGCUGACAAGCUGGAGUCGAUCCGCGCGAAGCACAAGCACUUUGUCGGUCUCUCCUUUGACACGAUAUCUUCUACUGGUGCGAACGCUGCCGUCAUUCACUACAAGCCAGAGCCCGGCGCAUGCAGUGUUAUCGACCCCAAGGCGAUAUAUCUUUGCGACUCAGGCGCUCAAUACUUUGAUGGUACAACAGAUACCACUCGCACCAUGCACUUCGGUGAGCCAACAGACAUGGAGCGUAAAGCAUACACUCUUGUGUUGAAGGGUCACAUCGCGUUAGACAAGGUCAAAUUCCCGAAAGGCACCACUGGCUAUGCGAUUGAUGUCCUAGCCAGACAGUUCCUCUGGGCUGAAGGACUUGAUUAUCGACAUGGCACUGGUCAUGGCGUUGGAUCNUUCCUCAACGUCCACGAAGGACCUAUCGGAAUUGGCACUAGAGUUGCCUACAGUGAGGUACCGUUGGCAGUUGGCAAUGUCAUUUCGAACGAGCCUGGCUACUACGAGGACGGCGCGUUUGGUAUUAGAAUAGAGAAUAUGUUUAUGGUGACGGAGAANAAGACGACGCACCAAUUCGGCGACAAGCCUUACUUGGGCUUCGAGCAUGUUACAAUGACACCGAUGUGCAAGAAGCUCACAGACGCAUCGCUCCUCACGCCGGAGGAGAAGCAGUGGCUGAAUGACUACCACUCAAAGGUGUACGAGAAUACCAAGGGGUACUUCACACAUGACCAGAGAACGUCGAAAUGGCUUGAGAGAGAGUGUGCAGCAUACUAG